GAUCUCCGCCGGACCAUCUGCUGCUCGGACUGCUCGGUGCGUCAGAGCUCCGCCCCUCGGAGGUGAUCCCCGGGUUUAAAAGCGCACCAGUGGCGCGGCGUCCGGAGCAGUGCGUCACGGCGAGCCAGCAGCGGCAGGAUCCCCCACCAGAGCCGGGCUCUCUCUCCGCCAACACCGCGUCCCGCUCCGGCUGCUGCUCUCAGCACCGGUUCGGAUACUUGUUUGUUUUUAAAGAUUCCUAACAGAAAGUGCAGUUUUUUGGCGCUUUGUGAUUGCGGUGACAGGACCGUGCGCAACAGCUGGGGGAUAUAAAAACUCCGCUAUAUGGAUCAAGGCUCAUCUGCAGCUGCGCUCACAGUUUGAUCUCACACGUUGGAGAAAAUGAAAUCAGCUGAAGAGGACGCGUAUGGCUACACGCCAAAUGUCAGCCUCUCCCUCCCACUGGGCAACCCUUGUCUUCCCUCCCAGUACCACAGCCUCCAGUCCAGCCCCUCCAUAUCUGUGUCCAUCAGCGAGCCUCACAGCUACGACUCCCAGGACGACAUGAGGGCGGCCGGUUACUAUUCGUCCUCAGGCGUCCGUCCAAACGGGGCGCCGACCCUGGAGAGCCCUCGGAUCGAGAUCACGGCCUACGGUCAGUUUCCCGAGGACGAGGUAGAGGAGAGCAACCUCCCCGUUGCCAAGCGAGUCAACUCCAUCGUCACGCUGACGUUGCCCAGCGGCGAUGGUUACCGCGACCCGACCUGUCUGAGUCCGGCCAGCAGCGUUUCCUCUCGCAGCGGCCUCUCCGACGCCUCCUCCUACGAGUCCAGCUUCUCCUACAACUACGACAACUCGCCCCAGAACUCCCCCUGGCAGUCUCCCUCCGUGUCCCCAAAGGGCUCCACCCUCGCCCUGCCCGGGGACGGCUGCGCCUCCGGUGGGUCUCCUCGCCACUCCCCGUCCACUUCCCCUCGCACCAGCGUCACUGACGACACUUGGAUCGGCCAGCGAGGCUCCAGGCCCAACUCCCCUUGUGGCGCAAAGAGGAAGUACAGCUUCAACGGCAGCGGGGCGACGCAGAAGCACUUCCCGUACUCGCCCAACCACUCGCCCGGACCGUCCCCGCAGACCUCACCUCGCCUCAGCAUCACCGAGGAGACCUGGCUGCCAAACACCAACCAGUACACCAACUCGGCCAUCCUGGCAGCCAUCAACGCCCUGACCACAGAUGGAGUGGCUGACCUCGGGGAGGGAAUCCCCAUGAAGGCCCGAAAAACCAGCGUGGAGCACAACCCCACGGUCAGCCUGAAGGUGGAGCCCGGAGGCGAGGAGCUGAGUCCCAGGGAGCUCUGUCAGGACGAACACCCGGCAAACCGGCUUCCCCUGAAGAAGGAGGGCUACUGUGGGGGGUUUCUGGACGUCCCACAACAUCCUUAUUCCUGGUCGAAGCCGAAGCAGUACGUCAGCCCGUCCUUGCCAGCUCUCGACUGGCAGCUGCCGUCCAGCUCGGGUCCGUACAGCCUCCAGAUCGAAGUCCAGCCCAAGUCGCACCACCGAGCCCAUUACGAGACGGAGGGCAGCCGGGGAGCCGUGAAGGCGUUGGCGGGAGGACAUCCAGUGGUCCAGCUCCACGGCUACGUGGAGAGCGAACCUCUGACCCUGCAGCUCUUCAUCGGUACCGCUGACGACCGGCUGCUGAGGCCUCACGCCUUCUACCAGGUUCACCGCAUCACCGGCAAGACGGUGUCGACGCCGAGCCACGAGGCGCUGCACAACAACACCAAGGUGCUGGAGAUCCCGCUGCUGCCCGAGAACAACAUGAGGGCCAUAAUCGACUGCGCGGGAAUCUUGAAGCUGCGGAACUCGGACAUCGAGCUGAGGAAAGGAGAAACCGACAUCGGACGCAAGAACACGAGAGUCAGGAUGGUUUUCAGGGUUCACAUCAACCAGGCGACGGGCAGAACGGUGUCUCUGCAGGUCGCUUCCAACCCCAUCGAGUGCUCCCAGAGAUCGGCCCAGGAGCUGCCGCUGGUGGAUAAGCAGAGCCUGGAGACGAGUCCGGCCGCCGGGGGCGAGAGGAUGCUUCUGGACGGACACAACUUCCAGCACGACUCCAAGGUGGUGUUCGUGGAGAAGGCUCAAGAUGGUCACCACCUCUGGGAGACCGAGGCCAAGAUUGAGAGAGACGCCUCAAAGCCUAAUUCGCUCCUGGUUGAAAUCCCUCCCUACCGGAACCAAAGACUGUCCACCCCCGUCCACGUCAACUUCUACGUCUGCAACGGCAAGAGGAAAAGAAGCCAGUACCAGCGCUUCACCUACGUCCCCGCCAGCGUUCCGACAAUAAAGACGGAGCCUCGCGACGACUACGACGCCCCUCUGGUGUGCACCGGCUCCGGCCUGGCGCUGCACCCCAAGCCCUUCUACCCGCCUCAGGUCGUGACCCCCAUGAUGCCCUCCGAGCUGCGGUCGUGCGUCGGCCCGUUCCCCGUCAACCAGCAGCGACUGCCGGCCAAACCGUCCUCCAGCCCGAAUGCCAGCCCCAAACUGCACGACCUCUCGCCGCCGCCCUUCUCCAAGUGCCUCCCCCCGGGCCCGGCGCUCCCCCAGUCGCCCGUCCCUCACGUCUCCAUCAUCCAGGAGGCCCCUGGCCGCUACCAGCCCUCCGGCCUCUACCCGCCCAGCAGCUGCUCAUCCUCCCCGACCUCGCAGCCCUCCACCCCGACCGACGCCUCCUUCUCCCCGGCCCACUGCCUGACCCCGGCCCAGCCCGGCAGCACCAGCCCCGGGGCCCAGCAGCACACGAAGGUGGCGGAGAGGGGUGGGUCCUCGCCGCCGACGCUCGCCGUCAGCAUCAAGCAGGAACCGCAGGAGCUGGACCAGAUGUACCUGGAUGACGUCAACGAGAUCAUCAGGAACGACCUGUCGAGCAUCUCCGUCCACAGCCAUGCGUAGUGUCGCCUCCGAACAUCCAAAAACAAAAAGGGAAGCACCAGACAAACUGUGCUGCACAUGCUCGGACUUCAGCAUGCCGGCAGCAGGAAUCAGCGUAAAUGAAUCCGACCAGGGUCCAAUGCGUGCCUUGUUUUCAUAUUUGCUGCCUUUACGUAGAGUAAACUGACUUUUUAAGACGUGUAAAUUAAAUAUGUAGCAACCGAACCUGCCCUGACAACAAAAGUGUGCUUUUAGAGGACCAACAUUCAUGUUUUUUUUAUGUCUUUCGUGCUGCGGUUUUGUAAAUCAGUGCCUCUGAAUUAUGGAAUUUGUAUAUACAGUUUGUGUCGCGCUUCAGUUUGCAUAUCUGGCUUUUUACAGAGAGACAGUUUUUUAAAAAGAGGGGGGAAAAAGUGCCUUUUUGACUGGAAGCAGCCUGAGUUUGACUUCAUGACCUCAACGUUCAUUUUAAGUUGAGCUGAUGUUGCUUGAAAAAGAGACAAUCAUGAAAUAACGCCAAAAUAUUAAACAGCAACAUCUUUAGCAGACAUUAGCCAUCGAAAGGUUCAGGCGAGGUUGUAGCAGCAAAAGCUCUGAAUGUAUUAAUGAUGUCUUUUAUUUCUCAUUUGUAAGAUAGUUUUCUUAUUUCCAAAGCAACAUUAGCACUCAAAAGUUUAGUAAAACUGUUUUCGCAAUCAAUGAUAAGCACUUAGCCGCUAAUCUAGUGGUGCUAUUCCAUUAAAGAGUCCUUAUUCUGCACAUAUUUAAGUUUAGAAAUAGAUUUUUGGGGUCUAUUUGAAUAUGUUUACAUGCUUAAAUUUUCAAAAAGAUGCAUUUUUCUAAUAAUACUGUAAAUUGCUGCAGCUCCUUUGUUGGAAAUGCUCCGUUUUUUUUGGCUACUGUCACUUUAAGAAGCCCCUCCCUAAAACAGCCCACUCUCCUCCGAUUGGUCAGUUGGGUUUUUGAAAUUUAGGCGACAUUGAUUAUGUGCUUUAACUCCAGAUUCAUGGUGGUGUUCAAAUCCGUCUACUUUACCAGCAGAAUGUUCUGAUUUAGCUGAAAUGUAGAAUGUAAGAUGCAAAAAAAGCUACUUUUGAAUCAUUAAUAAAAUACCCAGAUACUGUACUGAUUUGGAAAAAAGCUCCAGUUUAGACUGAAUGCUUUUUUCACACAAUGCAAUUCCAAAACAUUCACAACAACUUGUAGAGGUUCACAACAACUUUACAGACUUUAACCACCAGAUAAGUUCUUGGCUAGCUUAAAUUAUAAACCGUAGUGUUAUAGGUUGAGGUUACAGUUUUUUAUUACAUUAAGUUAGUUAUAUUUAGAUUUUUAGGACUUAACUCAAGAAAUGCCACAAAUUAGGUCAUUUUCUAUGUAUUUCAUUGUAAUUUUAAAGCCAUAGAACUGUGGAAAAUGUGGCCACACCAGUAUAUGCAUUAAAAUCUAAAUUUAAAAAACAGUCAGUCAGCAAAUUUGAUGAAAAUACACCUAAUUUGAUGCUACAUUUUGCGUCCAAAGUAACAGAAAUACCAAGAGAACCAGUUUAACCCCAAAUUAAAUUUGCAGAUAAGUUAUACAACAAAUUACCAAUGAACCUGGUCUCUUCAAAUCAUGAGACAGGAAGGCAAAUGUUCUCAAAAAUUUACUUUUUUAGCUUCUCUCGGAGUUUUUAAAACUUCAUUGGAUGCUACACGUUAGCUGUGCUAUUGUUAGCUUCUGUUUUCCUAAACCGGAAAUUGGCUAAAUCCACUGUAGCUAACUGCAAAUUAAAACGAUUUGACAGUUCCAUGCUACGUUCCAAGCAGCUCUACUGAAAAAAUAAUGUCGGCUUUUGAGGAAGAUGCUCAUUUUUGGUUUGAGAGCCUAACUAGCUGUUAGCUAGUUGCUAUGCAAAUUAGCUACACGAUGAUGUCGAUAAGUAACAGAAGAACAACCUGGAUAUAAAAUGAGACAUUUAGGGCAGAUAAGGAGAGAAUUAUUCCUUUUUUUUAAUGGAAUUUGAACCUUUAAAAUGCACAAAAAGCAGCUAUUUAACAGAAUAAAUUAAAGGGAAAAUCCCCAAAAAAGCAGAAUAUGGGCUCUUUAAUGCAACAAGUUUUUGCAUUUUUUUCUUUCUUGAUGUGUUUCCAAAACCUGACGUCUUUCUUGAGUGGUUUUCCAAAAGAAAGUGACUUGAAAGCAGCAUUGGAGUAAAAACUGGUUUAUCAGAGAAGGAAUCAUCUCAGUUUGGACGACGCUUGACGUUUAUCCUCCUGGAAGCUAUGCAACAUGCAGCUCGAACCCAAAGAAACCCUCACAGCAAUACAGAUAUAUUCAUUUUUUAAUGUUUGUUUUUGUAUUUAUUCUCUCUAGCAUGUGCUCUGUUUAUUCAUGUUUAUCAUACAGCUUCUUUUACAGACUGCGGUUUUUGUUUGUGCUCUUAAAACAGAAGUAAUAACUGUACACAAACUUGUAUUUAUGAGUCUUAAUCUGUGUAACUGAAGAGCAUGAAGAGUUUACCCAGGCAGACACUCGUAACUCGGCUUUCUGGUAUAUUUUGUGUGUUUGUCAAUAAAUAUGCCUUCAUGUC